AUGCAAACAGACAAAAUAAAAGUUGCUGAUUUGGAAAUAUUAAUUAAAUACGUCGAGGAAAAUUACUCGACACUCAUAAAGAAAUCGUCACAAUCAAACACACCGGAGGUGAGACACGAACUUGCCUUAUGUUCUAUUUUUCAGCAACCCUCCGAUCAAAAAUCGAAAAGUACGAACGACGUGCCACGUUACACACAAAGUGAACUUGACGCAAUUUCAAAUUACAUCAACUUGACACAAAAAGUUGUUGUGUCUGGAAAAGAAAGUGCCCACCCGGAUGUAUCGAUUAUUCACCAAACAAAACCACACAUCUCUUCACAAACGAUAGGAGAUGUACUCAACGGAAUAAAUUUUAAAGAAUUGCAGCCACUUCAGAAGAGCAUUCUAAAGAUGAUUUUUGAGGAAACUACACAACUCCAAAAACGUGAAAUUUCAUUUGAAAGGAUUGAUCCUAUUGAUUACGCCGACCCACUCCCAACGAACAUUAAAACAUCUGAAAAUCAGAAAGAAAUUCCUCAUAUUGAAAUAUUACGAAAUGACGCAAAUUCACAGGUCAGUGCACGAAAAGUAUAUCACAGUCUCUUCUCAUUGUACGAUCCAAAUUAUUUGCCACUUAACGAGCACGAUUUUCUCUGUGGAAACUCACAAAUUGAUUUGAUCAAUUUACAUGAAGUGCAGUGUGAUAUUUGGAUCGUCGAACUUCCUCAGUUAAAGAUGAAAGAAGGGCCGACAGAGAAGUUGAGUGGUGUCUUUGCUGUGUAUGAUGCAAACACGUCGAAGAAAUUAACAGAAAAUUAUUACAUGGAAUUUCCUGUUGAAAAAAGGAAUUCGCCGAGUGAUUCCGCGUUCUUUUGUAUAUCUUUUGACACUGAAAUUGUUCGGCGCAGUGGCUCAAAACUCAAAUUUGUGUUGAUGGUGUAUAAAAGUGCCGAGAACGAUAUUUUUACUGCUCGGGAUAUGUAUGUCAAAGAUGACAAAAAGAAGAAAACGCCGAGUGACCGUGACAGAGAUCUUUCGAAGAAAAUUGGCCGUUAUCGACAGUUUCUUGGGAUUGGUAUUUAUGAUGAAGGGGGUAUCAUGGACUCCACUGACAAUUUUGGAGAAAAGGAGUUACCAAUUUACAGAGAAGACAUCGACAAGAAGGCGGACUUGGACACUUUCAUGAAAAGCGAGACGAAAGCAAAGAUUAUGAAUUUAACAUGGGGAUUUACUAUGAAGAAAAUAAUUAAAAAAGAGGAGCGAAUAUUUAUGCGACAAAAUUCAAAACUCUCCGAAGAAAUUUCGAAGAUUGGAAAUGACGCAAAACCACAGAAAUUGGAAAUUCCUGCAACUUCGAAAACGAUACGAAACAUCAAAAUCACUGAAAAGAGCUUUUUGGAUGAUGGAAAACUCGAGAAUUCCUCACCAGAGAAAACCAGUGGAAGUGCGACGUCGUCUGUUAUGAGUGAAUUCGCAAUUUUGGACUCAACAGGAAAUUAUUUGCAAAAUUUUGGGAAGACAGCGGAAACCAAAAAAGUGGUGAAAAUUUUGCAAUUUUUCCCAGCGCUGGAAAAUUAUAAAAACUUUUUCAUUGAUUUCAGUCACACCGUCUACAUCUCACCUAACGAAUUGAAUUUGGUCUCGUUGACACCAAAAGACAGAAAAAGGACAAAAUUUUUGAUAACAUGUUAUUUCAGGUGUUCCGACAAAGAAAUGAACUCGUCGAGUUGUUUGAGUGUUUUUUAUUCAAAGACACAUGAAGGAAAAUACUCACCGAGUGUCUCAACAACUGUUUCUGUCUCAAACAGUUCAAAUAAGGCAGAUUAUUUCAUCGAUGAAUUUAAAGCGAAAUUGCCUGUGAAUUUGACGGAACAACACCACUUCUUUUUUGUUAUUGAAGAUGUCACUUCUUCAUUUGAUGAUGCAAGAACAGAGAAAUCUUCAAAUUCAGAAGAGAGAAGAUCUGAGAAGGGUGAACGUAUUGAAAAGAAGUACUUUGCGUAUCGCCCCGUUUUUGAGGGAGGAAAUUUGAUCGACAGUAGCGAACAUACAUUAAAAGUGUACACUGCGAAGGGGAUGACUGGAUACAUGACUUCCACAGACAAAGUAGAGGACUUUUUGGGUGACAAGAAGUCGAGUUUUAAAGUGUCAUUUAAUUUUGAGAGUACGUUGUAUCCAAAGAACAAAUAUUUGUAUGAAUUACUUGAAAAGCUUUCGAAAAAGACUGAGAUGAAAAGUAUCGACACAUUACUGACAAUGUUAUAUGAAGUUCCUGUCGUUGAAAUUGCCCAUUUCUUGCCGGUUAUUAUGGAAGACAUUCUCGAAUUUUUCAGAGAGAAAAAAGAAGAAAUUGUGAACAUCAGAGGAACUGGCACAAAUGAGAGAAGUGAAACGGACGAAAGAAAUGACCCAUCACGAGUGUCGACUAUAUUUGAUACCCCAACCAAAUCAGACAAUUUGAGAGAAAAUAUCAAAUUUUUGGAAGACGCAGAUUUCCCAUUUUUGUUCAUAUUAAAAGUCAUUUAUGCGCUGACGAGAGAGGAAGACAAUAAUUCGGAAACGCCAAAUUAUAGACAACGAAACCAUGUGUUACAACAGUUCGUUGAAUUCUUCUUCACAAAUGGACAAAUUUCAAAAUUUGAAAAUAAUGAAGGAAUCGAAGGAAAGCGCGAGAGUGUACCUGUCUUCCAGAAACUUAUGGCAGCAAUGUCAACGUAUUUUGAGAAGUUGGAAACUAUUUGCCUAUCAGCCUCGACAAGUCUCCAACAAGCAACAAACACAUUGAAUGAUAGAGACACCACACGACACAAAUUAAUCAAUGUUGCCAUAGAAUAUGGAUGGUUCUUCUUUUCUAUUAUUACAAAAUCUUUAGUUCUCUAUUUGGAAGAAAAUAAAAUCUACGAUUCUCCAAACCGUAUUGAAAGAAUUCGCAAAUUAUUCACCGAUCCAAUCUUUUCCGACUUCAAUGCAAAUUUGAUCAAAGUAUCUCGACACCUCGCGAAUCUUGUCCGUCGUCGUGUUAGUGAAACAUCUCCCGAAUCGUACCAUGUCUUCUUUUUAAAUAGCGAUUAUGCACUUUUCAAUGUCGAGUUGUGCAGAUUUUAUGACCCGUCGCAGGCACUCGCUUCUUUUUCAUUGUAUUUGAACGUUCUCUCCCAAAUGUUGGACGUCAAAACAAAGACGUUUUUCACUCCAACAGACUCGACAACACUUCAAUUGCCAUCAAUUGAUUUUUUGACAUACCUUCCAAAGCGCGAGAACUUUGCAGCUUGCUGGCAGACGGCCAAUUUACUCAAAGUUGACUUUCUUCGUGUCAUUUUUUCUUAUCAAUAUUUCUUUGAGAUGAACAUUCCAAUUUCUAUGAAAAGUGACAACAUUAAGACCGUGGAAACACUUAAAAUUGAAAUCAACGAGCGUCACAUCUUUGCCAAUUUUGUCGUUGAAAGUAUUUUGUCGUUGUUGGAGAUGGAUGAACCCGUUUCUGCAUAUGCAAAAUAUUCCGUUUUGAAUCUUUUGUGUCGAAUUGACGAGGAGAAAAGAUAUGAAAACAAGAAGGAAGAGGCAGCACAACUGUUUCUCACCAUUUUAAUAGAAAUUGUGCGGAAUUACGAAUAUAUUGAAACAAAUUGGGAAAAGCAGAAAGAAGGGAGUCUACCUUUUUACAUGAUCAUCAUUUGGCUACUCAAAUCCAUCAAUUUGCAAUUGAUCAAAAAGUAUUUUACUAUUGAAGAGAGCAGCAAACUACUCAAUUUCAUUCGAUUGUUGUCAAACGCCAAAUGUGUUUUUGAGACGUCCAUUCACCUGUCAACCGACCCAAAUGAAGUGAUCACUUCAAAAAUAGCGACCCUCUCAGAAAUGUCGAGAAAUACUCAAAUAAAGUCGUUUUGUGAGGUCUUUGGAGUCAACGACGAGAACAGAGAAAAACUGGAAGAAAUGUCGAUCACCAAAUUUAAAGUUCAAACCCGAAAAAAAGGGAUCGUGAAAAUGCCACGAAUGGCUGAGAAGGUCACAAAAGAAAAGACUCAAAAAGAUGAAAGAGAUGCCGACCGAUUUGUGAACUUUUUGUUUAAUAAAGGAGAGAAGACGGAAAAGAAACCGACGGAAUGCUCAGUGUUUGCUCCAUACCCGGGGUUGGGUGACGGGUAUUUGUUUUUAAGGAACAAAACGAGGGAGAAGGACAACUUAAUUGAAGACAAAGACAAGGCGUCGCAGAAAAAUCAGAAGAUGAAAAAUCUGUUGUAUGACGAUGUGAUGCUUGUCAUUUUAGAAAUAACGGAUUGUCUUUUCAAUGCGAUUUUUGAGAGAAAUGAUGAAGACGAGUUGAAGCACAUUUGUGGAUUUAUUGAGAAGUUGUUUGUGACUCACCCGCCAAAGGAAUAUAUUAAAAGGUUCUUCCAGUUCAUCAGGAAGAUUGUGAGAACAAAGAUUGAACAUUUGUUCAAGACGAAUUUGAGAUUUUCGUUCAAAUUAAUGAAAGGAAUUGUGUUGUAUUGUAACAGUGAUGACGGUGAUAUGCGAGUUGAUGCGACAUCUGUGCUUUAUCUUUUUGUUAAUCAAAUUUUGAAGUGCUCAAAAAUGUGGAAGCGACAAAGACUCAAAUAUUGGGUGCCUUAA